AUGAUGAGUUCCAGGUGCUACAAAGAAAUUUUAUGGACAAGUAUUAUACAGAGUUUGAGGACACAGAAAGAAAAUAAGCUAACCUAUACCCCAAUUUUUAAUGAAUACAUUUGCUUAGUGGAGAAAUUUAUUGAAGAGCAAUUACUGAAACGGAUUCCAACUUUUAAUAUGAGUGCUUUCAUCUCUACCUUACAAUCUCACCGUCAGGAAAUGGCUGGGGACAUAUUUGAUAUAUUACUCACUUUCACAGACUUUCUAGCAUUCAAAGAAAUGUUUCUUGAUUACAAAGCUGUAAGUGUUUUAAAACGAUGGGCUGUGUUUAUAAAAACUAAAACAAAAGAAAAUGGGGAACCACUUGGACUUUCAAUUGCUUACCAGCCCAGUAAAAUUGGGUUCUGCCUGCCAUUGGCAACGCAGAUAUUUACUUACAUUUUGAAUACAUUAGCACCAUUAUUAUGGGUUGAUCUAUACCAGUGA